AUGUUCAAUAUUACGAUCCUCAUAUUCAAGUUUGUUAGAGUAGUGUUCGUUGCCGUUGGCAAUGCCAUCAAUCGAAAAAUCGCCUCCACGAUCCAUCGAUACCGUUACAAUCUGGUGGAUCCUCCUAAAAACAUUGUGAUCAUUGGAGCUUCCUUCGCGGGAUACCAUGCCGCUAAACUGCUGGCUAACUCCGUGCCGACCGGUUACCAAAUCGUCGUGAUCGAAAAAAGCUCGCAUUUCCAAUUCACGUGGGUGUUCCCCCGUUUCUCGGUGGUAAACGGACACGAACACAAAGCCUUCAUCCCCUACGGGCCCUUCCUUAAAGGAGCUCCUAAAGGGAGCUGGCGGAUGAUACAGGAUACUGUCCUGGAGGUAAGCCCGCGCACGAUCUCGCUACAAAGUGGAGUCAAGCUAGACUAUGAGUUCCUCGUUCUUGCAACAGGCUCCCAAGCAAGUUCUCCCUCUAGGCUCAACGUGAAUGAGAAGAAUGAGGGAAUUAAGGUCCUGCAGAGCUUGCAAAAUCAGAUCCGAAAGGCGAGUGAUAUGGUGAUAGUGGGCGGGGGUCCUGCUGGCGUCGAACUUGCUACGGAUGUCAAGAGCGUCAACCCUCAUAAAAAUGUGACAUUGAUCCAUUCGCGGAAGACACUCCUGAGCAACUUUGGAACGAAGGUCCAUGACGUUGCGCUCGAGGCCUUGGAAGGGUUCGGUGUAUGCGUGAUCCUAGGCGAGCGGGUCCAAACUCACAGCGAAGACAAUGGGAGUGUGGUGCUGGGGACGGGGGCAGAGAUCCCCUGUGAUUUAUUGGUUCGAUGCACCGGCCAAAAGGCUGCAUCGGAUAUCAUCGCCGAGCUUUGCCCCGAUGCUGUCUCAUCCUCAGGCGGCUUUGUGAAGGUAAAGUCUACAUUGCAGAUCGCGGACGACCGGUUCAGCAAUAUCUACGCGGCUGGUGACAUCGUUGCGUCCACGGGUCCCAAGAAUGGUCGCUCCGCCGCACGACAGGCAGAGAUUGUGAGCAAUAACGUCGUCCGCGCAAUUAAAGGCCAAUCUCUCACCAUGUAUCACUCCGAUAUGUUGAUAGAAGGCGGUAUAGAGUUGACACUUGGAUUGGAUGAACACGUGGUCUACCUUACGGACGGCUUGAGGGACAUGCUUCUCACCUUUAAGUCGAAGGACAUCGCGUUGAAAUCUGAAGCUUGCUGGAAAAUGAUGGGGUCGGGCCCCCGGUCCCGCGCAUCACCGCCUCGGCGAAACCAGUUCCCUCCCCCCCGGCGAGUGGGCCAAUCAUCUUGUCAACCUUGCGUUUCCUUGCGCGGUGGAAGGCCGCAUACCAAUUCAGAACUGCUCAAGGAGCUGGUCGAUCGCACCCCCCGUCGUGAGCCCAUGCUUCGUUUCGGUAUUCCCAUGGCCGGAAUCGCCCUCGAAUUUCAACUCGGCAGCAACAUCAAACGCGUUGAAGCCAUGUACAUAUUCAUGGUUGGUCGGAUUGCCGAUGCGGAGUGUGACAGUCGCGGGCGUGACAGGGGAAUUUUCCCCUUCUGCGUCACCGUUGACCUUGCAGAUGGCCACGUGAGGUGUGCUAAUUGUCACUGGGACAACUACAUAUGUUCUAAAGCCCAGGUGGAAUCCUCACGAACUACAUCCAGAUAUUCCGGCCAAGGCUCCCGGGGCCUCAGCAACGAAGGCCGCGCUAAGAUUUCGGAGGAUAUUCUUGAAUUAGGCGCCGCCUUCAACCUACUCAAGCAAGACAAUGAGAGAAUCCAAGAGAGGGUUGCCUCGAAUUCGACCGCGUGGACUACCCUCAACACCACUACUUCCACCCUCGUCGCUCAGCAAGGCCGCAUCCUACGUCAAAGAGACACCUGA